GUGCGAGAGCUCAGUCCCCGGCCCGUACUUCAAUUCGUCCCUUAUUCCCCACUGCACCUCCCUCCGAUCGAAUUGAAGCUUGAGCUUCUGGAAGCAGCAUCCAUAUCAGCAUGUUCGGCCACGGGCACCACCAGCAUCCUCCGCCGGCGCACCACGACCAGACGCUCUUCAAGAUAUUCUGCCGCGCCGACGAGGGCUACUGCGUCGCCGUGCGCGACGACGCCGUCGUGCUCGCGCCCUCCAACCCCCGCGACGAGUUCCAGCACUGGUACAAGGACAUGAGGCACAGCACCAGGGUCAAGGACGAGGAGGGCAUGCUGGCCUUCGCGCUCGUCAACAGGGCCACCGGACUCGCCAUCAAGCACUCGCUCGGCCAGUCGCAUCCCGUGAAGCUGGUGCCCUACAACCCGGACUACCAGGACGAGUCCGUGCUCUGGACGGAAAGCAAGGACGUCGGCAAGGGCUUCCGCUGCAUCCGCAUGGUCAACAACAUCCACCUCAACUUCGACGCCUUCCACGGCGACAAGGACCACGGCGGCGUCCACGACGGCACCGCCAUCGUGCUCUGGGAGUGGGCCAAGGGAGACAACCAGCGCUGGAAGAUCCUGCCCUGGGGCGACGAGGCCUACGCGCGGCCGCAGCGCCCGGCCGCGUACCCGGCCGGAGGCAGCCAGCAGCAGGGGGCAUACACGCCCGGCGGCCCCGGGUGCUACGCGCCCCCGCCUGCCCCGGUGGAGCCUGGCUACGGGUACGGGUACCGCACCCCGCCGGGCGGCCCUGGGGGUUAUUACGCGCCGCCGCCGUACCACCAAGCACCCGGCCACGGCGGCUACAGGCCCCCGCCGCCGGGCAACGCCACCCCAGGCCCAGGGUACGGUGGAGAGUACGGCGGGUACAGCAACCUGCCCCGCGCGCUGGCGUCGGAGGCCACGGUGCGCGUCUACUGCAAGGCCGACGAGGGGUACAGCCUGACGGUGAGGAACGGGACCGUGUGCCUUGCACCAACCAACCCAAGGGAUGGCUUGCAGUACUGGGUGAAGGACAUGAGGCACAGCACUAGCAUCAAGGACGAGGAAGGCUACCCGGCCUUCGCGCUGGUGAACAAGGUGACCGGCGAAGCUAUCAAGCACUCCCUGGGACAGGGCCACCCGGUGAAGCUGGUGCCCUACAACCCCGAGGAGGAGGACGCGUCGGUUCUGUGGACGGAGAGCCGCGAUGUCGGAAAGGGUUUCCGCUGCAUCCGCAUGGUCAACAACAUCUACCUCAACUUCGACGCCUUCCAUGGCGACAAAGCCCACGGCGGCGUCCGCGACGGCACCACCAUCGUGCUCUGGGAGUGGGCCAAGGGAGACAACCAGAGCUGGAAGAUCGUGCCAUGCUAGAUCGAUCGAUGAAGCCAAAAGUGAGACGUUGAGAGGACCGGAUCGAGGAACCUGCUUGCUUGCUGCUCUCUUGUGUCGUCAUCCGGCCGCUUCUUCAUGUUGAUCCAGUCGUCGUUCUAGUAUUUAUCUCUUUUUUUCUCGCAUCUAUCGGUUUUGAAUAACAGCAAACAGUUCCCCAGCAGCGACUAUGUCGCUCUUUCGUUGCUGUCUGUCUUGCUGCUGCGCCUUGUAUGUUUGAUCUUUUGAUGGACGACAUCAUUUAAGGUUUGUUGAGAUGAAGAGUUUGAGACUUUGCCGAGUGGCCU